CAAAGACAAUUUUAGUAAAUAUUAGUUAAGGAAGACGAGCACAUCUUCAGCGACUGCUGAUUUGGAAAAGUCAUGAGUGGAUGUCCGUACUUUGAGAAGAGGCAUUUGUUGUUCAAAAACAAGCCUCCAAAUCCUGAAGAGAACGAUGCCUCGCAGGCAGGAGUUAACAAGGCCAGUAAAGGAGGAAUCCUCUAUGGGGACUACCUGCAGCUUGGUAAAGUCCUCUCAGGCCAGGUGUUGCAGAGUGAAGUGAAGGGUAAUAAGAUCCACGAUGAGCACCUCUUCAUUGUCACCCAUCAAGCUUAUGAAUUAUGGUUCAAACAGAUUUUGUUUGAACUCGAUUCAGUGCGCGAGAUCUUCACCAGUGGACAUGUACGAGACGAGCGCAACAUGCUCAAAGUCAACACGCGCAUCCACAGGAUUGUGAUGAUAUUCCGGCUGCUUGUCGACCAGUUUUCUGUGCUGGAGACGAUGACAGCACUGGACUUUUUUGACUUUCGGGAAUACCUGUCACCAGCCUCCGGCUUCCAGAGUCUUCAGUUUCGACUCAUGGAGAAUAAAAUCGGGGUCCCGGACAACCACAGGGUCCCAUACAACAAGAAACAUUACAGGGACAACUUCAGUGGCCAUGACAGUGAGAUGCUGCUCGCCACUGAACAGGAGCCCACACUCUUGAAGUUAGUCGAGGAGUGGCUAGAGAGAACUCCUGGUUUGGAGGUGGACGGAUUCAAUUUCUGGGAACGGCUGGAAAUCAAUAUAUUUGACGGGCUGAAUCAAGAGAGGGAGAACAUUGCAGAAAUGACAGAUUCUGAGGAGAAGGAGGAAAUGAUGGCUGAGGUGGUCAAACAGAAAGAGCUCUUCACAUCUCUGUUUGAUGAAAAGCGCCACGACCAUCUGAUGAGCAAAGGUGAGAGGCGGCUCUCUUACAAGGCUCUCCAAGGCGCUCUGAUGAUCUUCUUUUACAGGGAGGAGCCGAGGUUCCAGGUUCCUUUUCAGCUGCUCACAUCCCUCAUGGAUAUUGACACCCUGAUGACAAAAUGGAGAUACAACCACGUGUGCAUGGUGCACCGCAUGAUCGGCAGCAAAGCCGGAACUGGAGGCUCCUCUGGCUACCACUACCUGAGAUCUACUGUCAGUGACCGCUACAAAGUGUUUGUGGAUCUCUUUAACCUGGCAACGUUCCUGGUGCCUCGCCACUGGGUGCCCAAGCUGAAUCCCAACGUUCACACCUUCCUCUACAUGGCCGAGUACUGCGACAGCUCCUACUGCAGCAGCGAGGACUCGGACUCUGAGCCUUCACACUCGCCGCCUGAGAGACAUUAA